CCACAGCAGUGGAAGUAAGCCUCAUUAUUAGCAUGAUGACAUCAUCAAUUGUUCCCUCCACAGCAGCUUGGAAGUAAGCCUCAUUAUUAGCAUGAUGACAUCAUCAAUUGUUCCCUCCACAGCAGUGGAAGUAAGCCUCUUUGUUCUAUUUAGACGCUCAGUAUUUAUUUGAGAAGGCGCAACAUGCACAGCCGACAUGAGAUACUGCUGUGGGAGCUCGGGUAUUAACACUUAUUUCUGGGCUUAAGGACGGAGCUUGUUUGGCUGUGGGAGGAGCCGGCCGGCCCGCUCACGGCUGACCUCGCGGGUGACCUCCCCACACGGUGUGUGACUGAGAGACAGCUGGGUGGGUGAGAGCCAGCAGAGUGUCUUGGUGCCUCCAUGGAUCAAGUGGUGCUGGCCAGGGCCCGCGAGGCCUUCACCACAGAGGGCCGGGGGACCCCGAAGAGGGACCCCGAAGCGUGCGCUGAACACGGGGAGAAGUUGUCACUCUUCUGCUUGGAGGACCUGGAGCCCAUUUGUGGAAUGUGUGGCAAGGAGGCGGCCCACAGAGGACACAGACUCUAUCCCCUUGGAGAAGGUGCUCACGACUGCAAGGAGGAGCUGCAGGCCGCCCUGCUGCCCUUGAAGGAGAAGCUGCAGCUGUACAGGACGGCCAGAGUGGACUGCGAAGACAUGGUCCAGCACGUCCAGAACCAGGCAGAACACACGGAGACGCAGAUCAAGGCGGAGUUCGAGAGCCUCCACCUCUUCCUGAGGGAGCAGGAGGCGGCCAGGCUCUCCGCCCUGAAGGCCGAGGAGGCCCAGAAGAAGUCGGUGAUCCAGCAGAGCGUGGAGGAGAUGAACCAGGAGAUAAAGUUGCUCUGCAACGUCGUCCGCUUGGUGGAACAGGAGAUGCAAACAAAUGAUAUCUCCUUUCUGAAGAACUACAAGGACACCAUCAGCAGAACAUGGAUGGACUGCAGCGAGCCCAAGAGGCUCCGUGCUGCUCUCAUCGAUGUGGCCAAACAUCUUGGAACACUCAAGUACCAAGUGUGGGAGAAGAUGAAGAAAAUAGUCACAUACAGUCCGGUCAUCGUGGAUCCCAACACGGCGGCCAACUGCUUCAUUUUGUCCGAGGACCUGACGGUGAUCCAGAACUCCACACAGACCUUCAAGCUCCCCAACAACCCGGAGCGCUUCGACAUCAGCGCGGAGAUGCUGGGCGCCGAGGGUUACACCUCUGGGCGCCACAGCUGGAGCGUCGAGGUCAAGGACAACGCCUACUGGGUGGUGGGCGUGGCCAGCGCAUCCAUCAACAGGAAGGGCAAGCACGUGCUGACGCCCGCCGAGGGUUUCUGGACCAUACGCUUUCGCAACGGCGAGCACAAAGCCUGCACGGCGCCGUGGGAGCCGCUAAACAUGACCGCCAAACCGGACGUGAUCAGGGUGCUCUUGGACAUGGACCGAGGGAAGGUGACCUUUUAUAACCCCGAGGAGAGACAGCCGCUCUACACCUUCACCGAGGUCUUGGCGCCAACUCUCUUUCCCUACUUUUGUACCGCCUGCAAGGAACAUCCGCUGAAAAUCCUGCCCGCUAAAAUAACUCUUUCUAAGGACUGAUGUGACAUCAAAAUCCAGCCAGUUGUGGAAGAUAUUGUUCUUAAGCAGAAAAUGUGGGAAUAAAAGAACACAUGCACUUGA